AUGGAGAACAACUCGACACCGGAGGAGGUCAAGUCCGAGACGAGUGGUAGGCAACAGCCGAAUGGGGCUGAUGAUGGUCGGUGGUGGUCCCGGUUCAAAGCACUUGGUCACGGCCUGCUGGAAGCGGUGGGUCUUCGCAAAAAGAAUAAGAAUCCAUUGGGCGAACAUUCGGAAUCCUGCCACCUCGGAGGUGAACCUGACCAUCUCGCCACGCAGUACAAACAUUAUUGGCUAGGGAAAUUGGGACUGACAAGUAAAGAUGUCGAAGAGGAGCCAUCGCCAUCAGCAGAAGCUCAGGAACGACUCGAGUUUAUCAAGUGAAGUCACUGCAAACCAAAGAGAGCCGAAUCGGCGAAUCCUUUGCUACCAAAAAUUGCCGUGUUACAUUUUGUUUCAGUUGUAAACAGAAUUCCCGCAGCAAUACAUUAAAGGUCGAGGAAAUGUGAAAAUGGUCUUGCAUUAAUCAAACAAAAUUCCCAAUUGCCCAAAAAACCCACCAAAAUGUUUCGUGAAUCGACGUUUCUAAAUUACGCAGCAGCGCCCAG